AUGUGUCCCCAGAUCCACCUGGUGCCCCAGAGCCUGGCCAGGAAGCGUGUGUGGAACAAGAAGUACCCCAUCUGUAUCGAGCUGGCCAAGCAGGAGGACUUCAUGUCCAAGGUCCAGGCCCAGGGAGAGAGGCCCGAACCUGGGGAAGAGAAGCCGGCCGGGGUGGGGGAGAAGGGGGAGAAGCUGGAGGUUCCAGGUGGAGCUGGGGGUGGAGAGGAGCCCAGGAAACGCCCAGGGGAGCGGGAUCUAACCRUGUUCCUGUUUGGGAGGACGGGUCGGGAGAAAGAAGAAUGGUUCAGGAGGAUUUUGGUGGCAUCCAGACUUAAGUCUGAGGCUAAUAAAACGUCCAACUGGCCUCACAGACUGGAGGCAGAGAGCAGGAGUAGCAGCCGUGGCAGCCUCAUGGACGAGCCCUGUCAGAAGGACCCUUCCCUGGCCGGAGGGGUCAGGCAGAAGAUGAUGCUGGACUACAACGUCUACAUGGCCAAGUACGUCACCACCCUGCCCCCGCUAGACAGCCCCCUGGCCAGCAGCCCCUCCCACAGCCCAGAGGGCAGCCCUGGAGCCACCAAGAAAGAUAAGCUUGCCUUCUCCAGUUACCCAGCAGCCCGUGCGAGCGGCCGAGGCGAGGGCGGUGCCAGAGGCUGGGUGAACGCCUUGAUAGGCCGGGUGUUCUGGGACUUCCUGGGGGAGAAGUACUGGGCUGACAUGGUCUCCAAAAAGAUCCAGAUGAAGCUCAGUAAGAUCAGGCUGCCGUACUUUAUGAAUGAGCUGGCUCUGACAGCGCUGGACAUGGGCUUCUUUCCCAAGAUCCUCCAUGCCUCCAAGCCCUCUGUGGACCACCAAGGUCUGUGGUUUGAUCUGGAGGUGUCCUACACUGGUUCCUUCAUCAUGACCCUGGAGACCAAGAUGAACUUGGCCCGUCUGGGGAAGGAGGGAGAGGGGCUGGGGGAGCAGGGGAAAGAGGGACCUCGGGCCUACUGCCUGGCAGACAGUGAUGAAGAGUCCUCCAGUGCUGGAUCGUCUGACGAAGAGGAUCCCCCAGAAAUCCCCAUGGACAUGCUGGGGGCAGAGGGUUUCGUCGGAGGCCACCGGCCCAGUAAGAUCAUGAGGUUUGUGGACAAGAUCGCCAAGUCUAAGUACUUCCAGAAGGCCACGGAGACAGAGUUUAUCAAGAAGAAGAUCGAGGAGGUGUCCAACACGCCACUGCUUCUCACCGUGGAGGUGCUGGAGUGCCGCGGGGUGCUGGCUGUCAACAUACCACCCCCACCCACCGACAGGAUAUGGUAUGGCUUCAGGAGUCCCCCCCACUUGGAGCUGAAAGCCCGGCCCAAGCUGGGUGAGAGGGAGGUCACGCUGGCCCACGUCACCGACUGGAUCGAGAAGAAACUGGAUCAGGAGUUUCAGAAAAUAUUUGUGAUGCCAAAAUUGGACGUCUGGCUACCCAUCAUGCACUCUGCCACGGACACCCGUUCUAACGCCAACCUGGCUACUGUGACAACAUCGACCGAUGCCUUGAGGGACCCAGACCUCUCGGAGCCUGACUCUUUGACAUGUGAAGACAAGACUCUCCGUUUCUGGGGUGUUGCUAAGGAUAAGUCACUGGCGAUAGGACAGGGAGGCCCAGGGACCUGACAUCCCAGUAACCACUGGUGCCAGCGCCGCAGUGGCGGGGCUUACUGUUCUCCCCUCAGAACAGUGGGCCAAUCCCACAGCCACUCCAGACUGUGAAUCCUCUACCAGGAAGUAAAGAAAGGCAGAGAUGGAGAGACAGCCUGCUUACUUCUCACUUGGCUGGAAAUACUGCAUCAUUGGUUUGAGGGAAUAUUAAUCCGAGGAUGGUGUCAAUCAGACAGGUCAUGGAUUCACAGACCAUUUGGAUUGUAAGUGUGUGGUCAGACAAAUUGCCAUGCAGUGUAAACUGAAGAACCACACUACCUGUGAUAUACAGCAGCUACACCAAACGUCAUAGACGAAAAUGAAAAGUGUAAGUCGCUCUGGAUAAGAGCGUCUGCUAAAUGACUUAAAUGUAAGUGUGUGUACUAAUCGGAGUCCAUGAUAUGCCCUGCAUUUCUUUUUCCAUUGAGAUUCAGACCUGAAACCCAUGAAAAAAGAAUGGGUGUAGAUGGUCAUAGAGAGAAGGCUGUGUGUGUGUGAUUUGUCACAUGCUUCAUCAUCUAACGCACAUAUGGGCAUUGUGAGACAAUGUCUAUCCCUCUCUCCGCCCCUCCCUAUCCAUCGUGUGGCAUUCCUUAUGCAAACAGGUCAACGCCACUGUGCAUCGAUCAACAAUACCAUCCUACCCCCAAAACAACUCAAACUGCAGAAGGCAGGCUCAUGUGGUAGUUCUGAAUAGCCUGGAUGAUACCCUUGCCUGAGACCUGAAAAUGUGUUGGAUCCUCAAGAUAAUGUCUAUGCUUUAGCUCAGGUGCUCACACACUCUUGUGGCAUGGGUAUGAAACCCGAGUAAGUCACAGAUGAAGGCUAAAUAUAGUAGUU